AUGACUGCUCUGACUUUCCUCACAUUCGCCGGCCUUGCUGCCGCGCAGUACUCCAACAGUGUUGGCGGUGCCCUUCCUGCAGGCAUCGACGCUCCCAUGACUUCUGGUUUCUCGAACCCCACCGUUCAGCCCUCGCGUGGUGGUGCUGCCAUCUGUGUUUCUGGACAUGUUCCUGUCAUGGCAUCGGCUGAGAAUGUCAUGUUCAACUUCAGCAUCCCUGCCAACGAGUCCGAUGUAACCGACACCUUCCUGAAGUACAUUACUCAGGGUUCAACAUUCGCACAGAGCAUUAUGGGAGGCAUGCACAACGUCUCGGGCAACUACAGUAUUGGUGCUACCCUCUGUAUGCCAGCCAACGGCACUAUUCCUAGCUCGGUUCAGCUCCUCACCCACGGUAUUGGCUUUGAUCGUUACUACUGGGACUUUGCCGCGGGCUACAGCUACGUCGACUACGCUAUCGAGCAGGGUUAUGCUACUUUCAGCUACGACCGUCUCGGUGUUGGUUUGUCCUCCACUCCCGACCCCAUCCAGGUCGUCCAGGGACCUCUUGAGGUCAGCAUCGCAAACCAGCUCGCCAUGUCUCUCCGUAACAGCAAGUUCGGAGGCACCAACUUCAGCACCGUCAUCGGUGUCGGCCACUCUUUCGGUAGUGCCAUCACUCAAGCGGUUACUUCUAUGCACCCCACCACUUUCGACGCUGCCAUCCUUACCGGCUUCUCAAUGAACCAGACCGCCAUCCCCGCUUUCGUCACCGCACUGAACUUGCAGAUCGCUUCUCAGAAUCAGCCUUACAGAUUUGCUGGACUGAACAACGGUUACCUCGUCGACUACUCCGCCGUUAGCAACCAAUACGGUUUCUUCCGCGCCCCCAACUUCGACCCUCUGAUCCUCGCCGCUGGUGAGGCCGCCAAGGGUUCCGUCACCUUUGGUGAGCUGUUCACUCAGGCCGCCAUCGCCUCGCCUGCCAUGAACUUUACCGGUCCCGUUGCCAUUGUCAAUGGUGCUGCUGAUCUGCCUUUCUGCUUCGGAAACUGCAGUUACCCCAUGAACCUCGCUGAGGCUGCUGUUAACGCUCUCUACCCUGCCUCUAUGGCCAAGGACAACUACCUUGCUCCUUCCACUGGUCACGGUGUCAAUUUGCACUACACCGCCAUGGAUGCCUACAAGUUCAUCGGCAGCUUCUUGAAGCAAAACAGAUACUAA